AUGAAAAUAGAUCAAAAGCGGGGAUGUACCAAAAAGCAGAAGGCACGCCAAGUGUACACCAAAUGUGGCACUGUCGAAGGUAUUCGACUGCGGUCAGAGAAAGGUCCCAUUGAUGCUUUUCUCGGGAUUCCGUAUGCAAAGCCACCGACUGGUGAACUACGAUUUAAGAAGCCGGAGCCUGCAGUCCCUUGGAUUGGAGUGUUGAAGUGUAAGCGAUAUCGAAGCCGAGCGCCACAAAAUGACUUCUUUUGGGAUCGACUGGAUCUACGCGUCGGAAAGAACGAAGACUGCUUGUAUUUGAAUGUCAUCGCACCUGGCUGGACAACACCGCCCGAACUUGUAAUUAAUUGUUUCUUUUUUUUAUAA